GAGGUCUUUAAAAAGACGGCAGACGGGGAGCCAUCCCCAGCUUUGCUCUGAGCAAGUCUGCACAUACGCGUUCCUUCCUUGCAAUGACUGAGAGACGCAUCCCUCUCUCUUUCCUGCGGCCUCAUGCCUGGGACCCCUUCCACGACUGGCACCACGGCAGCCGGCUCUUUGACCAGUCUUUUGGCAUGCCCAUUAUCCCUGAGGACUGGUUCCACUGGCCCAGCGGUCACUGGCCUGGCUACACCCGGCCCCUGGUCUCAGCCCCUGAGUUGGGGGCCUCCACAGGACCUGUGAGCCCUUUUGUCCCUCAGCCCCCACUCAUGUCUUCCUCAGUGCCCCCCUACUCGCGUGCCCUUUCCCGGCAACUCAGCAGCGGAAUCUCAGAGAUCAAGCAGUCGCAGGACCAGUGGAAGGUCAGCUUGGAUGUCAACCACUUCUCCCCAGAAGAGCUGGUGGUGAAGACCAAGAAUGGGGUGGUGGAGAUCACUGGGAAACACGAGGAGAGGAGGGAUGAGCACGGCUUUAUUUCCCGAUGUUUCACCAGGAAGUACACACUACCCCCUGGUGUUGAUGUUGAGAAGGUGACUUCCUCUCUGUCCCCGGAGGGAGUGCUCACGGUGGAGGCACCUCUGGCCAAACCUGCCAUACAAGCAUCUGAGAUCACCAUCCCUGUGACCAUGGAGGCCAAGCCUGUGGAGGCCAAGCCCAGCACUGAGGGCACUAAAUAGAGCUCUGUGGCAAGCAAUAAAACUCAAAAGUA